AUGGUUGUCCUCGCAGCCUCAAUAUGCACCCGAGGCGGCAAAGCCGUCCUCUCGCGCCAAUUCCGCGAAAUGCAGCGCUCCCGCAUCGAAGCCCUCCUCGCCUCCUUCCCCAAGCUCGCCUCCGGCGCCUCGCAACACACAACCGUCGAGCAGGACAACGUGCGCUACGUCUACCAGCCGCUCGACGAGCUGUACAUGGUGCUGAUCACCAACCUGCAAUCCAACAUCCUGCAGGAUAUCAACUCGCUGCACCUCUUUGCUCAGGUUGUCUCGUCGAUAUGCAAGUCCCUCGAUGAGCGCGAGAUCCUGAAGAACGCCUUCGAGCUGCUCACGGCGUUUGAUGAGAUUGUAACGCUAGGAUACAGGGAGAACCUGACGCUGAGCCAGAUUAAGACGUUCUUGGAUAUGGAGUCACAUGAGGAGCGUAUCCAGGAGAUUAUUGCGCGGAAUAAGGAGCUGGAGGCUUCAGAGGAGCGUAAGCGCCGCGCCAAGCAGCUGGAGAUGCAGCGCAAAGAGAUGUCGAGGUCUUCGCGUGGAAUGGGAGGAGGUAUGGGCGGAGGCAUGGGUGGUGGUUCUGCUCGCACCCCGCAGUACCCGACGUUCACGCCCAGCGUUCCAGCUAUCGUCCCGGAUACAUACGACAGCUAUGAGGAAAAGAAGAAGGCGAGCAAGCCAUUGGCGUUAGGCAAGAAGGGUAUGCAGCUGGGCAAGAAGAGCAAGACGACCAACAUCUUUGAGCAGGUAGCGGGCGACUUGCCGCCAGAGAGCGAGCCUCUUACCUCACCAAAGGCCGCAACUCCCGCCGCAGCUCCAGCAAGCGCACGUCAGUCAUUGUCCACAGACCGCGAAGCUGUUCACAUCACCACCAACGAGUCCAUCUCCGCACGCCUAGACCGCGAAGGUCUGCUGAAGUCCUUCGAGGUCAAGGGCGAAAUGCAGCUCAAGAUCACCGACCCCGCCUUCACACAAGUCAAGCUCGACCUCCAUGCCGGCGAGACACGCGGCGCGCAACUGAUGACGCACCCCAAGGUCGACAAGGCCGCCUUCAAGAACAACAAGAUCAUUCAGCUCGCCGACACCAGCAAAGGCUUCCCCUCAAACAUGGGCAUUGGUGUCAUGAAAUGGAAACUAGCUCCCAAGCCAGAGGACGUACACGACCCGCCCAUCACAUUCCGCGUUUGGGUGGAGGAUUCCGGCAAGAUGUUCAACAUUACGGUCGAAUAUGAGCUCACUGGCAGCGAUUCAUUGAAGGACGUCUCAAUCACGAUCCCAUAUCAGACAGAUGAGCCGAACGUAUCUUCCUUCGACGCUGUGUACGAAGUCAGCGGCGACAGCCUGGAGUGGAACAUCGGCGCCGUAGACGAAGAGCACAGCUCGGGCAGCUUCGAAUUCGAGGCCCAGGCAGACAGCGAGGCAGAGUUUUUCCCCAUGCGGGUCCGCUUCAGCAAGACGACUCCGUUCGUCGAUGUCAGCGUCUCCUCCGUCACCCUCCUCUCGAUGAACCAGGACAUCAACUUCUCAAAGGACAUCCGGUCCGUCGCGGACGUCUACGAGAUCCUAUAG